AUGGUUGCUCCUCAUAUUCCAGGUUUUGUUUUCGAUGAAGCAAGAAAUAGGUAUUUUCGUUUGCAAUCCGCAACACAGGCCAAUCCUAGCAGCAUGGAGUACACAGUACAACAUGUUCGUCAGGUUGGACGAGAGCAGAAGCGGAAGCGAAAGGCAAAUCAAGUGAAGCGGCAAGAAGAGAAGAAAAACAAAAAACCCCCUCCAACAAUGUACUCAAUGUUGCUUAACAGGAGUCUAGGCGGUACCAUGUGCAAAGAGCGCAUACAAACAAAGUUUUUAGACACUAAGAGUACAGUACAAUUCAGUAAUAUGACUCCACAAGAUUCCAUUACACAUAUGGCUACUCCGGAAACAUCCUCUGAAAUUCUUCUCGUGGGUACACAAGCCGGUCUUGUUUGUGCGACGAAAAUAUUAGAGGAGUUACGUAGUACGGAUCCAGAGACAACCCGGUUAUCGUUGAGCGCCUUCGAUCUAAGUUUUUCGCAAACGGGCAUUUCAUCCGUACAAAUUUCUGAAGAUGGGAAUGCAUUUUGGACAACGAAAGCUUCCGGAAACGCCUCAAGCAAGGCGUUUUUUUCACGAGUUAACUUCCUUAAUGAACUAGAAGUGCAAUCAUUAACAACUGUGAGCACUGAGCUCAUAGCAGAUAUUCAAUGCAGCUAUAAAAUUCGCUCUUCAAACUCAUUUGCUCUGGGAGGGUGCAAUCGAAUUGCUUUAUUCGAUGCGCAUGCGCAAUCCAUGUCAAAUAUUUUACAUACAAAAAGUGAAGUAUUUUCUCUUCAGGGUAUGCACGAUGCCAAUACCGCAAUGUUAUAUGCAGGUUUGCGAAACAGAAAUGUCUUGGCAAUAGAUACAAGGCAGUCAAACCGUCGUCGAGCUGCUGUUUUGUGUCGCCAUGUUUCAAGCGUAUGCAAUAUGAGAGUUGUCACACCCUCUCAACCAAAGAUAAUAGUUUGUGGAUUAGAUUGUAAAAUGGCAUUAUACGAUCUGAGAUUUAUUCGAGAACACAAGUCCGAACCACUUGUUCAGUAUGUGGGUUAUGGAAAUGAGUAUCAACGGGUGACACCUUUGUCGGUUGAUGAGACAAACACGACAAUUCUAGCAGCUGGAGAAAAGAAUGUUGUCCGUUUCUGGUCACUAGAGGAUCCACUUUUCAACACGGAACAUGUUCUCAAUUCACCGGAUCAAAUUUCAGCAUCGUCAAGUACAUGGUUUAACGACACCUCGAGGGAUGAAAAAGGAUGGAUGGUUUCUGCGGGUUCUCAGAUUCAAAUAUUUGUAUAA